GGACACCUUUACAGACAUGACUUCAAAUAGUCAGGAAGAUUUCAUUUAUUCAGCUCAAGAAUACUACGAGGAUAUUGAUUCAGACCAUGACACUACUAUCCAAGAUGCUAUCCCACAAAUACUUGAUUUAAACUUGCGUGGUGUUCAUAUUGAAUUGGAUAGAGAAACACUUGUUAAUUUACCAGAAAGUUUAUUGAUUGCCAUGUUCCCUAAUGGUUUAGUAUUAGGCCCAUCUGAAGAGGAGGAGGAGGAAACAGUCUUGGGUACCGAAGUUGAUUUUGAUGCAGCAUGUUUACAAUACGUAUUAAAGUGUUAUAAAGAAGCACAGAUGAUAACAGAGGGAAGAAAAGAUGAAGAUGAAAGAUUAGUAUUUGCAUCGCUUCCAGCAGCACGUUAUUAUCCUUCAUUACUAGAUAAACAAGCUAUCAUUGUUCUUCGAGAAGAAUUAGAAUAUUAUUGCAUUGUCACUACUAAUUCAACUCUUACAGUUAAUCAGAUCAAAUUAUCUGCAGGAGAGUAUUUAAAAAGACAAGAUCAAGUGUUUACUGCACUUGAAAAAAAUAUAGAAAGAGACAAUAGUGCCGCUGAACACCAUUUGAUCGACAUGCUAUGUGAUGCUGGAUUUUCAAAGGAAAGCACGUGGGGUUAUAGAGAACUCGAACCUAAACAUACUUGCAUCAUAAGCAUGAGUUUAGUUACAUUAAAAACAACAGGGCCCAGUCAUCAUCAUCUUGCUACAGCACAAAAGCUACUUUUAUUUUGGAGGAAACCUGCAAGAAAAUAUUGGUGGGAUGGAAAUACAGUGAAAAUCAAAGGAGAAUCUAUUCGCUUAUGGGCAAGACGUACAUGGACUUUAGAAUUAGCUCUAAUUUAAAUACCCCCUUUUUUAUUAUAUAUUUAUUUAUUUAUUUAUUUAUAUGUCUUUGUUUAUUUAUAAUUUCCAAACUUUUUUAAUUCUUCACAACUUGUUAAUUU